GUCGCAGCGCGGGAACGCGCCGGGGUCGCCGGAGCGGCUGGAGGCCCCUGCCGUGCGCCUGCAGGUACACUAGCGCCUUCCAGACAGGCGUGCCCGGGGCUGGUGCCGGCCUUCCAGCAGGGCAGGCUCAGCAAGACCCCGGAAAAUGGCCAAGGGAGCGGUAAACGAAGCGUCCGAAACAGUACGGGAAGGGCUUAGGGUUACUCUAGCAGCACCUGGCACACGUCGUUAGGCGCAGUAAAAAACUAAAAAUGGGAAUUUGGACCAACUGUAUGUAAAAAAGAGUUCCUGAUAAUCCUGUCCCAUAAGUCUGUAUUACCAAAGUUAAUUUAAAAUCUUAAAAACAGGGACGUGAAAGUUCAGGACAAUGCAUAAAGCUGUGAGCAUCUUCAAAAUUCACUAAGACACAGAAGUACGUACCUCCUCUGAAGAGUUUUGGCUCAGACCAGUGGAUACUGGAGUUGGUAACUGUACGUAACAGGAGGUAAUGGAAGUCCUUGACUAGCUGAAAGCAGGAAAACAAAUUUUCUCCUGAAUUUCUAGAAAAAAUUUCAAAAAUUGAGAAAUGGCCACCUGUGAGUUCUGAAAUCCUGAAGAAGCUGGUGACUGCAUUUCCGUUCAGUAAAAAUCAACACCGUCUUCAGCACAGCGUGCUUUGAUAAAUCUCUUUUUCUACCCCUAUGUGUCCAAGAUUAAUUUCAUCUAGCAUUUUUAAUUUGUCUUAGGCAUUAUUAUUUCAUCCAAAUGUACUUGACAGGUCAAAAGAGAAAAGUACGGCAUCUUGUAAAUGAAAAACCGUAGGAUUUGCGAAAUCCCCUUUACAUGAAUGUGGAAUAGUUUUCUUCUGAAGUGGGAGAUCAGAUGCUGUGGAGUUCUUACAUAGGUUUGCACAAGGCCUGAGAUUCUUGAAUGAGUAGACCUAGUAUGUGCUGCUGCUGUUGCCUGGAUAAUGUUGCACUGAUGGAAUCAUGCCUACAGUUGAAGAGCAUUCAAGUUUGCUGAAGGUACCUCAAAAUUGAAUUCUUCUUAAUAUAGUGACCAUACAGGAUGAAAGAAGAGCGAUCCUCUGUUUUUCAAAUACAUGUGUUUGUUCUUCAUAACAACAUGGUUUACUGUGAAAACUGAAAGAAGGAUCUUUUUGAAAACUGUCUUUAAGGAUAGCUGGUAGGCAUAGCAAAAUGCUUUGUUUGAGGCAGGUUUGCCUGCAUACACUGAGACUUUACCAAGCUCGAACUCUGAGUAGCGAUCUGCUUUUGAGCCAGAUAAAUAGCUGCACCCAUGAAGAUGAAGUGUUCAGCCUUGUUGAAAGGAACAAGACCAGGCUUUCUGAAAAACAUGUGGGAAUUGCGUUAAACGUCCUGUGGCAAUUGCAAAAGAAGAGGCCACUACUCUUAAGGACUAGUGACUAUAUAAGAAAUCACUCCCAGUUUCUUACUCUUUGCAUUUUAGCAGAAAACAAGGUGGAACACAUGGAAGAUGAGGCCGUAGUGGACACCCUAUAUAGUAUUCUGAGGCUCAAUGUUGAAGGCCAUGAUUCUCUGACAGAUGUGCUUGUUACAGAAGCAUGGAAAAGACUGGAAAGGCUUAGUUUGCCAGUUCUGUCUAAAUUUGCACUAUGUUUAUACAAGCAACGCAGACAUCGCAGUCCUGUAAUUGGCAAAGUAGCUCAUAUUGUGGACGUGAAGCUGGAUUCUAUACAGGAUAUAAGGAUCUUGUCAGUUUUGAUGAUCAGCAUAUCUGAUGUUAUCUCACAGAGUUUUCGAGAUCGAUUACUACACAAGGCUGGACAGCUCUUGGAAGAAAAGGAUGCCGUCCACUUCAGCUAUGCCAAAAGAGUACUACAGUUUCUUCAAAAUGUUAAACUGAGAUACCAUCAUCCAUUGCUAGAAAAAUGCAACCAGAUUUUCCUUAAAAAUGCCUCUGGUCUUGAUAUACGCAGUGUUAGUCUUAUUCUUGGACUGUACGAGCAGCUGGGUUUUGACAGUGCUGAAUUCCGCUUGGUUGCUAAACAGCUGCUAUCUGAAACUAUAAAUGAUCAUUAUGAUCCUGAAACCUUUGCAAAAUUAUUUUUUACUCUUGGGCCUAUGGCAGGAUCCAAGGUAAGGGAAAGGUUACUAGUAACUGCAGAGCACAUGGCAGAAGAAUUUAGCAGUCACCAAGUAUUGGUAAUACUGAAGACGAUGCAGAAAAUGAAAUGCAGAAAUACUCAUCUACUCAAAAAGAUGACUUCUGUUCUGCACAAACAUUUGGAUAGCUAUCAUGUAUUACAGUUGGUAAAGUUAACACAGUACUUGGUGGAGUUGCGUUGCCACAAUCUGGAGCUCUUUGCCAAACUAAAAAUGUUACUAUAUGGAUUUUUAAAAUCAAGUGUCAUACCUGCUGAUACUGCUGCAAUAAUUCGUGGUCUGGCCAUGCUUCCUUCCUUUCAAGUGGAGGAAAUCAUUAUAAACAAAGCAGCAGCAGUUCUGCCUCAGUGCAGGCUCCAUCAUUUGAAUCGCAUUGCUACAGCUCUUGUCAAAUGGAAUCAUUAUGACCAGUUGCACUGGCAAAAAAGUUCUGAGCUAUGUGUAAAGCUUCUGCAAAAACUAAAUGACUGUGGAUUUCAGAGGCUUCAGAAAGGCAACAACUUAAAUCUUCUGUUGGAAGAACUUACACAUGUGAAUGGAGAGUGGUUUGAAGAAGUCCUCACUGAGGAAACUAUGGCCACGUGUCAGCGCUUGAUAGACCAAAUAACAUGGGCAAAUGUUCGACAGUUGUCUUUUUUUCUCAUAAAAACAAACCACCGCUGUCCUUCAUUACUUGACAGAAUAGCUUGUGUGACUGUUGAAAAUAUAGACAAGAUCCACCCCUCUGAAAUCUAUAUUAUUCUCUUCCUCUUCUCUGCUAUGAAUUAUGACCCUCCUACCAAUGAGGAGUUCUUUGAGAGUUGUAUCCAAUAUCUUACUUCUAACUUGAGUUGUUUUGAAACUUACCGCUUGGUGCUGCUUGGUCAUGUUCUGGCAGUGGCUGGGUAUUUUCCUCCAGUUCUGAUAAGAAGGAUAUUUGAUGUUUCUUUCCUAAGCAAAUUGGAUGCUCAACUUGCAGUCCUGCCUGAUACCGUAAAACAGAGGGUCCGCUUAUGCCUCAUGAAGUUGAACAGAGCAGUCUGUCUGGAAUGCCCGGAGUUUCACAUCCCUUGGUUUCAUGAGCGCUACUGCCAAGGUGUCUUAAGUAACAGCAGUGGGCGAAUACAUCCACUGCGACAGCAUGUUCACAGAAUGCUGACAGAGAUCUUAGGAGGAAGCCAUUAUGCAAGGAUAUCUGUUCUCACACCAUACUGCUAUGAAAUAGAUUUCGAGUGCGUUCUGGAUGAAAAUAAAAAGCCUUUUUCCUAUGUGGCUCGGAAUACACCGUUGGAUGAUGUGGAGGGAGCAUAUUUGCGACAUGACAUCGAAGAUGAAGGGAGAAAGGCUCUGCCACCAGGAGCUCAGAGAAUUGCUUUGGAAUUUCUUGAUUCAAAAGCUUUUAGCAAAGAUUCACAUCAUCUGAAAGGAGAACCUGCAGUGAAAAAGCGACACCUGGAGAUGCUGGGGUACAGGGUAGUUCAGAUUCCUCACUUUGAAUGGUAUUCUAUGGUUCUGUCAACAAAAGGUGAACAGCUAGAAUAUCUGAGAAAGCAUCUAUAUGGAAUACAGUGAUGUCAGACAUGCAGUCAAAAGUACUUUUUAUACAAACACUUUAUGUACCAUUACAGUUCCUGUAAUCCUUUCAAAUUUGUAAAACAAAUUGUAAUUGUUUCGAAAAUCUCUUUAGCUGUGUGUCAACUGGACCAGAGGGCAUCAGGAGAUUUCAUCCUCAAUUUGUUGCAAAAGGCAGGUCACAGUGGGCCAGGAAGAUGUGGUAAGGAUGCUUAAAAUCUCCCAUUAUCUGGAAGUCAUUCUUUCAGUACACGAGCCUGUGACAGUUUUGCCAUAAAAUUACAUUAUUAUCUCCUAAAUAAAUAGCACAGAGGCUUAGGCAGACAUAAAACUGUCCAAAGAAAAAGUUGGAAAUACUCUUGGCUGUGAGAGAGGAGGCAGCGGAUCUACUGGAAACUAUGUCUGUGCGCCAGCAUGUGACAGAAUGAGCAAUAGGGAUCAAACAGUAUCUGUUCUGUGAAACCAAGAAACCGAAAUGCAGAUUUACUAAGAAUAGGACUGCUAUUCUAGCCAUUCUGUUCCCAGCUUCCAGAACAGAGGUACUGUGGGUGGGGAGGGUGUUGUGCAGUGAGGAACCUCCAGCUGCUUCCACCCUGUGAUGUGGCAUGUGCAGAAGUAUGGCUUGAGCCUUCUGGAAUACCUUCACGUACAUAAGAUGACCAGUUCUAGAGGUCUGGCAGCCACCCAGACCCUUGAACCACCUAUACUGCAGUUAAAUGCAACUUGGAAGGGAUACCUGAAAGAUUUAUACGUGAUAAGGACAAAAUAAUGCUUGUGUUAGACAUAGGCUGUUGUUAGCAACUGGAUAAUUAAUUGAAUUUAUUAUUAUGGCAUUAUGCAUUGGACUAGCCCCUGCUAACAGAAAUAAAACAAAAUUAGACAAA